AUGCAGGCCCCGGUGCUGGUUAUGAACACCCAGAGUGGUGAGAGACAGACUGGACGGAAGGCCCAACUGUCCAAUAUUGCAGCAGCAAAAACCGUCGCAGAUAUUAUCCGAUCAUGUUUGGGCCCCAAGGCUAUGCUUAAGAUGUUGUUGGACCCGAUGGGAGGUAUUGUGUUGACGAACGAUGGCCAUGCUAUUUUGCGAGAAAUCGAAGUGUCACAUCCGGCAGCGAAGAGCAUGAUCGAGCUCAGCAGAACACAAGAUGAAGAGGUUGGAGAUGGAACUACGACGGUUAUUAUUCUUGCUGGAGAGAUUCUCGCACAGGCGCUCCCACAAUUAGAACGCAAUAUCCACCCGGUUGUAAUCAUAUCCGCGUUCAAGGCUGCUCUUAAAGAUGCCGUCGCGAUUAUCGAGGAAAUCUCCCUCCCGGUCGAUAUAAACGAUGACCAGGCUAUGUACCAACUGAUUUCCUCCUCUAUCGGCACCAAAUUUGUCUCGAGGUGGUCGGAACUCAUGUGCAGUCUCGCACUCAAGGCGGUUCGGACUGUCUCCUUCGACGUGGGUGGUGGCAAGACGGAGGUCGAUAUCAAGCGUUAUGCGCGGGUUGAGAAAAUCCCUGGUGGAGAGAUCGAGGACAGCAGAGUUCUGGAUGGUGUCAUGCUCAACAAGGAUAUCACCCACCCCAAGAUGAGAAGACGGAUAGAGAAUCCCAGAAUCGUGCUGUUGGAUUGCACACUAGAAUAUAAGAAGGGCGAGUCUCAGACAAACCUGGAGAUCAGCAAGGAGGAAGAUUGGAACAAGAUAUUGCAGAUUGAAGAGGAGCAGGUCAAGCAGAUGUGUGAUGCCAUUCUUGCGGUCAAGCCUGAUUUGGUGAUCACAGAGAAAGGAGUUUCUGAUCUCGCUCAACACUACUUACUGAAGGGCAACGUAACCGCUCUUCGUCGUGUCCGCAAAACAGACAACAACAGAAUAGCACGCGCUACUGGAGCGACAAUUGUCAACCGAGUGGAUGAUCUCGAGGAGUCCGAUGUUGGAACCCAAUGUGGCUUGUUCGAGAUUGAGAAGAUUGGUGAUGAAUACUUCACCUUCCUCACAAAGUGCGAAUCGCCUAAAGCAUGCACCAUCCUCCUCAGAGGCCCUUCAAAAGAUAUUUUGAACGAGAUUGACCGAAACUUGGCUGAUGCUAUGGCCGUUGCGCGAAAUGUUAUGUUCCACCCAAGACUAUCACCAGGUGGUGGCGCAACAGAGAUGGCUGUUGCCGUAAGAUUAGGUCAAUUGGCGAAGAGCAUUGAAGGCGUACAGCAAUGGCCAUACAAAGCCGUCGCUGAAGCGAUGGAGGUCAUCCCACGGACGCUGAUUCAGAACGCUGGCAACAGCCCUGUCAGAGUGCUGACGGAACUACGAGCCAAGCAUGCUGAAGGUGGUAGCUCAUGGGGUAUCGAUGGCGAUGUAGGAAAGCUUGCCGAUAUGAAGGAGUAUGGCGUUUGGGAACCAGAGGCGGUGAAGUUACAGAGCAUCAAGACGGCUAUAGAGUCUGCAUGCCUGCUUUUGAGAGUCGACGACAUCUGUAGUGCAAAGGCUGCGAGACAAGCCGGAGGUGGCGGCCCUGGUGGGGAAUAG